CCUCAGCGCGCAUUUCAGGACUUCUCUCUGUGACUGAAUCGUCUCUGCGGGAUUUAUUGAAUCUGAUCAUCCACCUGCUGAAUGUCACCGCGUUCAUUUGGCGCAGCCUCCUCUGACCAAACGCGUGGUCAUUAUCACUGUUGUCCCCUCUGAUGUGCGACAGAGGGUCACACAGAGAGGACCUGUGGACUGUCAGCCCGCGCCCGUGCCGCUGCAAGAAGGGAAGCCCCCCACGCGUUGCGCGCCAGGAUCGCCGGUGUGUGUACAUUGGCGGCGUGGAGCGCGUGUGCACGUGCGUCAGGCACUACAUGUGUAAGUUCGCGCACGGCAAAGCCCCGGGCUCCGUCCUCAACAGUUGCCACCGGAGCGGAGGAGAGGAGAGGAGAGCGAGCGAGACAGCAGACUGAGGACGGACAGACGCGGAGCAACCACGCCGCUCUGCCCGGCUCUCUCUGCUCCUGACAUGCAGUCGCUCAUCUCUCCGGUGACAAAGGCCAUCCUAGUAGCGCUCUUCAUCUUCGCCAUACUUCUCAUCCUCUAUGUGAUCCUCUGGUACAUCUGCAGAGACGUGGACUGCGACCACGGCAUCUGAGGAUUCCGGUAAAACGGUAAUAUCGGGGGAUUUUUACAAUGGAGCGUGCAGAGGAGCCCGCAGAGUCCAGGGUCAACCCGAAAACAGGCGCGACAAGGACGCAGGCGAGGAUGGAUGGACGACUUUAUAUUCGAACGUGUCCUGUGUAGACGGACCCACGCCUUUUAGUUGCUCGUCGCGCCUCCUCUUCUCCAUGUUCACUCUCCAGUCUCCUUCUCCACGUCUUGACCCUGGUCGUGACGGAGAUGUUUGCUUUCUGGUCUCAUCUUCUGCCAGUUAUCCAGCUUUACCUGCUUGGUUUGAAGGUUUUGUUGACUCAGCUGUUCAGCAGACCUUUCAGGUUACCAGUGAUGCCCAGACAAGAUGGCAAGGUUGCCAUAGUGACAGGAGGAGGCAGUGGAAUCGGCUAUGAGGUAGUCCGCCACAUGGCCAGGCUGGGGGUGCAUGUUAUUAUAGGUGGGAGGGAUGAGCAGGAGGGCCUGGUAGCCGUCAGAAGGAUCCGUGAAGAGUACAAAGAGGCCAGAGUGGAGUUCAAGAAACUGGACUUAGCCUCUUUGCAGUCUGUUCAUCAGUUUGUCCAGAGCUUCAAACAGCGGCGCCUGCCACUGCACAUUCUGGUCAAUAAUGCGGGCGUCAUGCUGGUUCCCGAGGGCCGCACCGAAGACGGAUCCGAGCAGCACUUUGCAGUAAACUAUCUAGGUCACUUCCUGUUGACUUGGCUACUCCUGGACACACUAAAGGAUGCUGGGAAGUGUGGUUUCUUCUCCCGCGUGGUCAACGUCUCCUCCUCUGCCCACCGCAUCGGCAAGAUCAGACUACAUGAUUUAAAUAGCCGCCAGUGUUAUUCAGCCCAUGCUGCUUACUGUCAGAGCAAACUGGCCCAGCUGUUAUUCAGCUCCCACCUCCACCAGGAGCUGCAGCGUGGAGGUUUCCCAGUGACUUCCUGUGCCGUGGAUCCUGGCAUGGUGGAUACUGCUCUGUACCGCCACCUGUGGACGCCCCUGCAACUGGCACAGAGCGCCCUUGCGCGCCUGCUUUUGAGGACCCCUGCUGAGGGUGCUGCCACAGUGCUGCACACAGCCCUAUCACCAGCCCUGGAGGGGGAGUGUGGAGGAGGCUACUGGGCCGACGGGUGCAGGCAGAUGACAACACCGCCAACCUUUGACCCUCAGCUGCAACUGAGCCUAUGGGAGACUAGCCUCCAACUACUGGGCCUGCAGUAGCAUGAGAUAACCGGGUGAACAACAGGACUCAACCCUGAAGAAAACAUCACAUUACGGACCCUUAACUUGGGUCAACCAGUCACCUUCUGUCUCCUAUUCCUCAAUUUUUUUUUCCCCCGUCCGACCCUCACAACGAGGUGUUUGUGGUAUUUCAUGUCGACGGUCUUACAAUCCACCGCUGGACUGUGAUUGGUUAUAGCAAGCAAAUUUUGUUCCUCAUACACCAAAGAAGGGCUGCAGGGGAUGGAAGACAUGUUUUUUUGUUUGUUUUUCACUGUGAGCGAGCUAACAUACGCACACAAAUAAACACACUGGAGGGUGAUAUGUCAUUUUGCGGGUAUAGAUACUGGGCAUACGCCGACAUCAGUUGUUUGUUCCCUGGUUGUAGCUAAGAUUAGACGUCUCGUCACACAUCGUAACAUUCAGAAACCUUCAGUGACACGUGCUCCAGUCUGCCUUAAUGUCAUUAUUCUGGCUCUCACAAAAAAGCUGUUUCGGUGGGGUUUUUUUUUUCCCCCCAUACAAAUAUUAAAUUAUCAGGAAACAUUAAAAAGCUUUUUGAGGAAUGGAAAUAGCUCAAUUUAGAACCUGAAAUUUGGCUCUUUGCUGGCUGCAAAAAUCACACGUCAGUCAAAACUUAGUGUGGGCACACACACACACACACAAUGAUGCACCAUGACAUUAGAUUCUUAAAAUAUGAACACACCUCAAUGUAGUGUGCGAACGUGGUGUCAUGAUUUUGCUUUGACACGUCAUAACGAUUUGUCUGACUCAUUUCACUGGAAGCACCUUGGCAACCGCUGGUUUUUGUGGUUGGAGCGAGCUACAUUUAAAAGGUUUUCUGCAGUCUAACAAAGAUGCUGGGAAAACAUCAGCUGCAUGUUUUCUCCCCACACUCCUCAGCAGUCCAAGAUACACCGUUCCUAUUGACUGACGGGGGAACUGUGCCCCGAAAAAAAGGAGCGGUGCUACAAAACAGCAGGGCCAAAUUGGAACUAUUUCUUCAGCAGACUGGAGAGUAGGAUCACCUUUGUUUUGGUUCUGGGGAUUUUCUUUGUCGUUAUUUUCUGAAGCCAGGAUUUCCAGACAAUUGUGCCCCCCCCGUCUCCUCAGAAAGAAAAAGGGGACAACGUGAAAUCAGCCUCCCGUUCAGUCUGAUUCUGUCUCCGUUUUCUUUGUCAUCCGUCUUAAUCAGUUUUCUGUGCCUGCGAUAGACACGAGUGUGAGCUUUAUGCACAUGAGUUAGGCAUUAAACCCUGGUCUAUAGACCCAAUUCAUGUUGAUAGAGUGCACAACAAUGGACCGGUCCAGCAGGACCAACAACUGAAGGACAGAAAGAAAGUCCUUUUUUCCCCCUCUCAUAAUUCAAGCUGUGAUUGGUUCCUAAUUGCUGCUGCUUCCUCAUUUGGCACUGGUCCCAGUGCAUUAUGGGAUAGAGAUUUCCCAGUGGUGAGAAUCAAACUCCAUCUGCUGAGAGGACAUGCGCGCGCACACUCACACUCAAACAUCGGGAGCUGUAGUGUAUAUCCAGGCAGAGGCUUAUCGAGGCAAAGCACAAAGCCAACAUGUUUGUCUCAGACUCAUUAGGAAAAUAUCCACACACACACACAAAUACGCAGAACACACAGCCAUAACACCAUCACCACUGUGAUUAAUAGUUUUCGCUUUGAAUUUUCACUUUAAAUUAAAAAAAGUUUAGAAUCUUAAAAUCCCUCCCCACUGCUGUAUCUGUGUAACGUGCAGACACAGCGGACGCAGCUGAGCAUCAAAAAUGAAUCUACUGCUGUCGCCGUAUGGGAAGCAAUAGUGGUACAAGACAAUUCAGACUAGAACUAGUGUAGUGUAGUGUAGACAUUUAAAAAUAAUAAUAAUAAUAAUAAUGAUAGUAAUAAAUAGCUUCUCAUAACCCAUAGUUCAAUCAUUUGAUUCAUGUUUUCAGUAGUCAGACGAAGACACAGCAUCCGAAAAAUGUCAAACUGUUUCUGUUUACAAAGACCAAAACAGAGGUAAAACCAACAACAACAAAAAAUCUCCAAAUGUUAUGCACUGCAGCUUUAAAUGAGCUCGAGUGAAACGAAUCCAACUCAGCUUUUAAUAGAACUGCAUUAUUUUUGCUAAAUAUCACAAUCCUUAGUGUAUUUUAACAAUGGGACAUUUCCAGAUUUCAAUUAAAAGCAAACAUUUCUGAGUUUUUUUCUUUCCUGUUGUAGCGGUUGUGAGGGAAA